GCUUGCGACACUUUUUGCUUGCACCCAAUUGAGUUGCCACUCUCUCGUGAUGCCAUCAUUUACUUCUCUCAGCGCCGCAGCGCGCGGCGGCUGCCGGUGGCUGCGCCUGACUCGUGAGGCGCAGGAAGGCGCAUCUGCAUUGGAGGAGGGUGCAGUGCACAUCGCGGCCCGGGGAGGGCACACGGAAGUGCUGCGGCACCUUCUGCAGGAUCGUGCCUCGCCCAACGUGUCAGACGGCGGCCUCAGCGCGCUCUUUGUGGCAGCACAGCAGGGUCACCACGACGCCGUGGCGGUGCUCCUCGAUGCCGGGGCCAGCGAUGGCGUGGCUGCCCUGCACGUGGCGGUCGAUGGAAGCUGCCUGGAGGUGGUGCGAUGCUUGCUGACAGCACGGGUGGAUGUGAACCUGGGGAAGGAUGGCGUUGCGAGUGGCGGGCGACCACUCCACGAAGCAGCCGCCAAAGGGCAUUUGGCCAUCCUCAAUUUGCUCUUGGACAGCAAGGCAGAGCCCAACCUCGAGGAGCAUCAGGGCGCCACGCCCUUGCACAUCGCAGCCCAGACGGGACAUCUGGAUGCUGUACGAUGCCUGCUGGAUGCCCGUGCCGACAUCGACAAGGCCAAGGGCGACGCCACGCCGCUGCAUGCUGCCUCGCAAGGCGGGCACGCCGACAUCACCCACGCUUUGCUGAGGGCAGGCGCAGAUAUCAACCGCCAGCGGGAGAACGGGGACUCGGCCUUAGCCAUUGCAGCCUCAGAGAACCACGUCGCAGUGCUUUGUCAUCUCCUGGAUGCGAAGGCCUCAGUGGAUUUGCCCCUGGACGGCGCCAACAAAACGGCCCUGCACCUCGCCGCGCGGAACGGGCACUUGGACGUGCUCCACCGGCUCAUCGAUGCCGACGCGGACCUCAACGCAAAAGAUGCGCACCAGGUGACACCCUUGUAUACUGCGGCAGAGAGCGGGCACCUGGACUUGGCAAGGGCGCUGGUUUGCGCGGGGGCGGACCAGCACCUCACCACGGAGUUGGGGGCGUCGCCCUUGUUCAUCGCGGCGCGCCGGGGCUUCCGCGACAUCUCCACGUACCUGCUCACCGCGCGGGCCAACCUUGAGGAGGGCAAGGAUGGGGCCAACCCGCUGUCUGUGGCGGCUAUGAAAGGCCACAGCGAGGUGGUCAGCUGCCUCCUGGCGGCUGGGGCUGAGGCGGCGGCGCCCGCGCCGCUGUACUUUGCCUCCCAGAAGGGGCACUUCGAAGUGGUUCGCCUGCUCUUGGACGCCCGGGGGGACGCCAAUGGCAGCCUCUUCUCCAGUGCUCCGCCGCUCUGCGUGGCCGCAGUGGGUGGGCAUUUGGACGUGGUCACCGCGCUGCUGGGCGCCGCGGCCGCGGUGGACACGGCGGACGCGCAGGGCAAGACCGCGCUGCACGCCGCAGCCCAGAAGGGCCACUUCGGGCUGGUGCAGUCGCUGGUGGCGGCCGCUGCCGACGUGGCCAAGGCCAACGACCACGGGCUCGGCCCGCUGCACGGGGCGGCGGCCGCGGGGCACGUGGAGGUGCUGCGCCUGCUAUUGGGCGCCCGGGCGGACCCGGAUCAGGGCUCGAAGGACGGGCGCACUGCGCUGCAUUUGGCGGCGGCCGGGGGAUUCCUGCAACCCAUCCAGCGACUUCUGGAGGCGGGGGCCGGGCUGAACCGCGGCAGCGUCAGCGGCGCCACAGCGUGUUGGAUGGCGGCGGCCGCGGGCCACGUGGAGGCGGUGCUGUUUUUGGUCACCGCCCGAGCGGACUUCACGGCCAGCAACCUCGACGGCUUGGCGCCUCUUCAUGUCGCGAUCAGCAAUGGGCACCUGCAGGUGGUCCAGAGCUUGCUGGGCGCCCCAAACGUCAAGGCCAAGGAGCGACCAGGUGAUUCACAGAAGGCGCUGGGCAGUGCAGUUUUUUUGGCGGCAGAGACGGGGCAGCAGCACAUCUUGCGGUGCUUGCUGGAUGCCAAAGGUGCCCACCGCGCCUUCAACGGGCGCACGCCUUUGCACGUGGCGGCCAAGCGAGGCCACGACCAGGUGGUGCAGCUGUUGCUGGAGAAGGGCGUAACCAACGAGACGGAUGAUGACAUGAGCCCCUUACACGUGGCGGCGGAAGGGGGCCACCUCUGCACUGUGCACCUGCUGCUUUGUGCAAACGCUGAUUGUGAUGGCCUGGAUGCAGACAGCAAGACGCCACUGCAGUAUGCGGCCCAGAAUGGCUCUCUGCAGAUUGUCCAACGCCUGCUCCUGGCACAUGCGGAUCCCAACAAGUCGGUUUGCGGCUAUCCGCCGCUGCAUGCAGCGGCCUCCAAAGGUCAUUUGCAGGUGGUGCGGCACCUGGUGGAAGCUUCCGCACAGGUCCAGGAGAUGUGCUUCGGGGAGACGGCGCUGCAUGCCGCGGUGGAGCAGGGCCACAUCGCGGUGGCAUCUUACCUUCUGGAGAUGAAGGCGCCGCAGAAUGCGCGGAAGGAUGGCAGGACGCCACUCUGCGUGGCAGCCCGCAGCAAGAACUUGGAGAUGGUCCGGCUGCUGACGCCCAACGCCAUGGAUCUCACAAACCCGCUGCACAUCGCAGCGGACCACGGGCACUUGGCGAUCCUCCAGUGCUUGUUGGAAGCACGGGCGACCCGAAGUCGAGUGGCAAUCCGGACGUUUUGGCCCACACUGACUUUGCCGUCCAUGCCUCGCCUCACUUUGCCUCGCCUCACUUUGCCUCGCCUCACUGUGCCCCGCCUCACGUUGCCAGACAUUUCUUGGCCCGUGAGCCUGCUGGGAGUGUGGCUCCGGGCGUCGCCAAGCCGCCCGAAGCCGAAGCCCAAGACGCCCCUCUCGCCCCUCUCGCCGAAGUCCUUGCCACUGCGCGCCCUGCGCCAGGCCUCGCCCAAGAGCGAGCGCUCCGAGCGGAGGACGUCCCCCGUGGCCCCCCGGGCCAAGGCUCCAACGAGCGGCUCACCGUCUCCAGUGAUGUCUCCGUCGCUCAAGGACACGCUGGAUUCCUCUUUGGUGUCGGCCUCACCUGUGACUUCACCCGAGAGAGCCACGUUGGCAAAGCGAAGCCUGCACAAUGUUGGGGCAUUGGCACUGGCUUUGCAGUUGAAACUGCGAGAUGUCGGCGCCUCGGCAUCUGCCAUUUCUUCAGACAGGCGCAAGCUCUGUGUCUGCGCCUCGGUUGGGGUGAUUUCUACUGUUUGUGUGGGCAUCCUCGUUGUGCAGCUCAAGCAGCUGACAAGCAUCGGCGGCAUCAUCAAAGCGCACGCUUUGGAGUUUUGCCCGCUGUCAUGGCGGGAAGGCGCGGAGUGAAGCAUUUACGCAUCAGUCUCAGGCCUCUUGAAUUUGCAGAUUUGUGCAUCAAUUCAACCAUCUCAAAUUCAGUUAGAGAUUAAUGAAUUAUUCUAGAUGUCAAUGCC